AUGGGUUCCAGUGAGGACGAGGAGCCCGAGGAGGCUGAGAAAUCCAAGGAGUGCUUGGCAGCUCACGGCUACACGGUCGGGAAGACGCUCGGUGCGGGAUCCUAUUCGACAGUCAAGCUCGUAUCCAAGGACGGUGGGUCAUAUGCCUGCAAAAUCAUCUCCAAGGAAAAGUCUUCGGUUAUAUAUCGAGUGAAGUUUCUGCCUCGCGAGCUCAAAAUUCUUGGCUCGACCAGACACCCGCACAUCACGCAGAUCUACACCAUAAUCGAGGAGCCGACGAAGGUGUUCAUCAUCAUGGAGAUGGCUUGCGGCGGGGACCUUCUAGAAAAGAUACUGAAAGUGAAACGUCUGGACGAGAAGACGACGCACCAGUUCUUCAUGCAGCUGGCCAGUGCCUUGGCAUACCUGCACAAGAACGACGUCGCCCAUCGAGACCUCAAGUGCGAGAACGUCCUCCUCACCACAGUGGACGUCGUCAAGCUCACAGACUUCAGCUUCGCCCGCUAUUGCACCGACGAGCACACCAAGCGCAAGGAGCUGAGCGAGACGUUCUGCGGCAGUGAAGCGUAUGCUGCGCCGGAGAUUCUGCAAGGCAUUUGCUAUCUGCCCAAGCUGGCUGACGUGUGGUCACUGGGCGUUAUCCUCUACGUCAUGGUGACGGGCCUGCUGCCGUACGAGAGCAAUGGCCUACUCCGGCAGGUGCGCCUCCAGAUGACCCGCACGGUGCGCUUCCCAAAGGUGCUGCCUCUGAGCCAAGAACUGAAGAAUCUGAUCCGGGGAAUGUUGGAGCCUGUGGUGACACUGCGUGCAUCGAUGGGACGCGUCAUACGCCACCCCUGGAUCAAGAGAUAUCCAAGCCCAUUCAAGGAGAUUAAUCGCAAGAUCUACGCAUACGAAGCAUCGCAACACAAGGCCCGCCUUGAAGAACAGCCAUUGUCGUCCAGUACAGCACAGCGAGUUCACGAAUUCCUGAACGCGAACGAGUUCAUGAUGUAUGAGAUGCUUGGAAAUUCGUUACGUUGA